AUGAAGUCUGUUCUCGCUGCCACCGCACUCGCGUCCCUUGCCGCGGCCUCUCCCGUCUCGAAGAGAGGCACAUUCUGCGGGCAAUGGGACCUUGAGACCGCGGGUCCCUACACCGUGUACAACAACCUGUGGGGCAUGGACAGUGCCGACUCAGGCGAGCAAUGCACAACAAACAACGGCCUCUCUGAUGACGGCAGCCUGAGCUGGUCUGUCGAGUGGUCGUGGGCGGGUGGACCCAGUUCCGUCAAGUCCUAUCCCAAUGUUGUCGUUGACGCUGAGCCCAAAUCGCUGGGUGAAAUCAACAGUAUCCAGGCCGAGUGGGACUGGAGCUACACGAGCCCCGAGACGUUCACUGCCAAUGUGGCCUACGACAUCUUCACGGGCGAGACGGCCGACUCAGCGCCCGCCUACGAGUUUAUGAUCUGGCUCGGUGCCUUUGGCGGAGCCGGACCCAUCUCCUCGACCGGCAGCCCCAUUGCCACGGUCGACAUCCUCGGCCGCUCGUGGAAUCUCUUCUACGGCGCCCACUCGCAGAUGGAGGUGUUCAGCUUCGUGGCCGCCAGCGGCAACGUCGAGAACUUUAGCGGUGACCUGAUGGAGUUUGCCAACUACCUCGUGGCCGAGCAGGGUGUCAGCACCAGCCAAGUCGUGCAGAACGUCGGGGCCGGCACGGAGCCGUUUAUCGGGCAGGAUGUCGUGUUCACCACCAACAGCUACGCCGCGACCGUUGCAUAA